AUGCCGGUCCGGAAACAAGAUACCCAGAGAGCAUUGCAACUGCUGGAAGAAUAUCGUUCGAAACUAAGCCAAACUGAAGACAGACAGCUCAGAAGUUCCAUAGAACGGGUUAUUAACAUAUUUCAGAGCAACCUCUUUCAGGCUUUAAUAGAUAUUCAAGAAUUUUAUGAAGUGACCUUAUUGGAUAAUCCAAAAUGUAUAGAUCGUUCAAAGCAGUCUGAACCAAUACAGCCUGUGAAUACUUGGGAAAUUUCCAGCCUUCCAAGCACUACUGUGACUUCAGAAACACUGCCAAGCAGCCUUAGCCCUAGUAUAGAGAAAUACCGGUAUCGGGAUGAAGAUACACCUCCUCAAGAGCACAUUUCCCCACAAAUCACUAAUGAGGUGAUAGGUCCAGAAUUGGUUCAUAUUUCAGAGAAAAACCUGUCAGAAAUCGAGAAUGUCCAUGGAUUUGUUUCUCAUUCUCAUAUUUCACCAAUAAAGCCAACAGAAGCUGUACCUCUCUCUUCUCCCACUGUCCCUGUGAUCCCUGUCCUGCCAGUCCCUGCUGAGAAUACUGUCAUCCUAUCCACCAUACCACAGGCAAAUCCUCCUCCAGUACUGGUCAACACAGAUAGUUUGGAAACGUCGACUUAUGUUAAUGGCACUGAUGCAGAUUUUGAAUAUGAAGAAAUCACACUUGAAAGGGGAAAUUCAGGGCUUGGCUUCAGCAUUGCAGGAGGUACGGACAACCCACACAUUGGAGAUGACUCAAGUAUUUUCAUUACCAAAAUUAUUGCAGGGGGAGCAGCUGCCCAAGAUGGAAGAUUGCGGGUCAAUGACUGUAUAUUGCGAGUAAAUGAAGUAGAUGUUCGUGAUGUAACACAUAGCAAAGCAGUCGAAGCUUUGAAAGAAGCCGGGUCUAUCGUGCGCUUGUAUGUUAAAAGACGGAAACCGGCAUCAGAAAAAAUAAUGGAAAUAAAGCUCGUUAAAGGUCCUAAAGGUCUUGGGUUCAGCAUUGCUGGAGGUGUUGGAAAUCAACAUAUUCCUGGGGAUAAUAGCAUCUAUGUAACCAAAAUAAUUGAAGGUGGUGCAGCACAUAAGGAUGGUAAACUUCAGAUUGGAGAUAAACUUUUAGCAGUGAAUAGUGUAUGUUUAGAAGAAGUUACUCAUGAAGAAGCAGUGACUGCUUUAAAGAACACGUCUGAUUUUGUUUAUUUGAAAGUGGCAAAACCUACAAGUAUGUAUAUGAAUGAUGGCUAUGCACCACCUGAUAUCACUAACUCUGCUUCUCAGCCUGUUGAUAACCAUGUUAGCCCAUCUUCCUACUUGGGCCAGACACCGGCAUCACCAGCCAGAUACUCACCUGUUUCUAAAGCAGUGCUUGGAGAUGAUGAAAUUACACGGGAACCUAGAAAAGUUGUUCUUCAUCGUGGCUCAACAGGCCUUGGUUUCAACAUUGUAGGAGGUGAAGAUGGAGAAGGAAUAUUCAUUUCCUUUAUCUUGGCUGGAGGACCUGCUGAUCUUAGUGGAGAGCUCAGAAAAGGAGAUCGAAUUAUAUCGGUAAACAGUGUUGACCUCAGAACUGCCAGCCAUGAGCAGGCAGCAGCUGCUUUGAAAAAUGCUGGACAAGCUGUCACAAUUGUUGCACAAUAUCGACCUGAAGAAUACAGUCGCUUUGAAGCCAAAAUACAUGACUUACGGGAGCAAAUGAUGAAUAGUAGCAUUAGUUCAGGAUCAGGUUCUCUUCGAACAAGCCAGAAGCGAUCCCUCUAUGUCAGAGCCCUUUUUGAUUAUGACAAAACUAAAGACAGUGGCCUUCCCAGUCAAGGAUUGAACUUCAAAUUUGGAGAUAUCCUCCAUGUCAUUAAUGCUUCUGAUGAUGAAUGGUGGCAAGCCAGGCAGGUUACACCAGAUGGUGAAAGUGAUGAAGUUGGGGUGAUUCCCAGUAAACGCAGGGUUGAGAAGAAAGAACGAGCCCGAUUAAAAACAGUGAAAUUUAAUUCUAAAACAAGAGGAGACAAAGGGGAGAUCCCUGACGACAUGGGAUCAAAAGGCCUGAAGCAUGUAACUUCUAAUGCCAGCGAUAGUGAAAGUAGUUACCGUGGUCAAGAAGAAUAUGUCUUGUCUUAUGAACCAGUGAACCAACAAGAAGUUAAUUACACUCGACCAGUGAUUAUAUUGGGACCUAUGAAAGACAGGAUAAAUGAUGACUUGAUUUCAGAAUUUCCGGACAAAUUUGGAUCAUGUGUUCCUCAUACAACUAGACCAAAAAGAGAUUACGAGGUAGAUGGAAGAGAUUAUCAUUUUGUGACCUCAAGAGAACAGAUGGAAAAAGAUAUCCAGGAACAUAAAUUUAUUGAAGCUGGCCAAUAUAACAACCAUCUGUAUGGAACAAGUGUUCAGUCUGUGCGAGAAGUAGCAGAAAAGGGCAAACACUGUAUCCUCGAUGUGUCUGGAAAUGCCAUAAAGAGAUUACAGAUUGCACAACUUUACCCAAUCUCCAUUUUUAUUAAGCCCAAAUCCGUGGAAAAUAUCAUGGAAAUGAAUAAGCGACUAACAGAAGAACAAGCCAGAAAAACAUUUGAGAGAGCCAUGAAACUGGAACAAGAAUUUACUGAGCAUUUCACAGCUAUUGUACAGGGCGAUACGCUGGAAGACAUUUACAACCAAGUGAAGCAAAUCAUAGAAGAACAGUCUGGUCCUUACAUCUGGGUUCCAGCGAAAGAAAAGUUAUGA